CUACUGCGAUGUAUUUUUAUCAUAAAAAGAUUGAUCGACACUGACAUUAGGAGCAAUCAGUGAACCAUUUUACACUGAAAUCAGUGAUCCCAGGUGCAAUCUGAAAUUGUUGUGAGAAGCGAAAGGGAAAUGGGUGAUUUGUUCAACAAAGUCAAGUCGUUUUUCAUCGGCGCCGAUCAAAUCCCUUGGUGUGACUCCGACAUUGUCGCUGGUUGUGAGAGGGAGGUUGCACAAACUGAGAAAGGUUCUUCUCAAGAAAAAAAUGAAUGCAUUAUGAGAUUGUCAUGGGCUCUUGUUCACUCAAGACGUCCAGAUGAUGUACGCCGCGGGAUUGCUAUGCUUGAAGCUCUUCUUAGUGACACUGACAGCAGCCCAGAACAAAUGAGGGAAAAGGGGUACCUUCUUGCUGUUGGGUAUUUCCGAAGUGGAGAUUAUCCUAGGAGCAAACAUAUGGUUGAACGCUGUUUGGAGGUUCAACCAGAUUGGAGGCAGGCUUUAAAUCUAGAAAAAGCAAUUGAAGAUCGCAUUACCAGAGAUGGAGUGAUAGGCAUAGGCAUAGCUGCCACUGCUGCAGCAGUUCUGGCCGGUGGACUUGCUACAGCACUAGCUCGUCGAAGCUGAUCAGACUUGUUUUUCAUUUACGUGGAAUAAGCCUAUUUGUAUCCAUGCAGUGAACAUCCAGCAUGAUGAAUCCCGUUACUUGGAAUCCUGCCAAUGUUUAAAUGCUUAAGGUUGGAAUCAUGUGAAGUUUAAAUGCUUAAGAAAUUGAUAAAAUCUUACUUGA